AUGAGUAGUCGAUCACGAAAUACAGAUGACCGUCGUGAAGUAUCACCUAAAGUUGAUGUCAUGUAUUCACUUAAAGUUGAUAAUUUAACAUAUCGUACACGUGUCGAAGAUUUAAGGCGAUGCUUUGAAAAAUUUGGUAGUAUUGGGGAUAUCUAUAUUCCAAGGGAUCAGUUUUCUCGAUCAAGUCGUGGCUAUGCAUUCGUUCGCUUUAGCAAAAAACGCGAUGCACAAGAUGCACUCGAACGUAUGGAUGGAACUGAUCUUGAUGGACGCGAAAUACGUGUUCAAUUCGCUCGUUACGGUCGAGCUUCAGCUACCGAUAGUCGAGAAAAAGUUCGCCACCGACGAACACGUUCACGAUCAAGAUCUCCACGACGUUCAAAACAUCGAUCACGCAGUAACAGUCGUCAUCGACGAUCUCGCUCUCGGUCUUCACGUCGUUCACGAUCAAAAUCAGCAUCGCCUUCGAAACGAAGCAAUCGUAAUGAAAAUGGCGAACGCGAUCAGCGACAAGAAAAAAAAUGA